GGGCAGAGCGCCCCGCAGAGGCCGGCGGUGGCGGCGGCCGCCAUUUUGAGCGGAGGCGGAGAGUGGCGGCGGCGGCGGCGGCGGGGGCAGGGGCUGCUGAGCUGCCAUGGGCAACACCACCAGCGAGCGAGUGUCUGGGGAGCGCCAUGGCUCCAAGUCUCACCGCUCCGACGGCUCCAGCACGCCCCACGCUGCCAAGGAGCACCCGCACAAGAUCAUGGUGGGCAGCACCGACGACCCCAGCGUGUUCAGCUCCCACGACUCCAAGAUUCCUGGGGACAAGGAGUUUGUGUCGUGGCAGCCGGAUCUGGAGGAGUCGGUGAAACCAUCCCAACAGGCUCGCCCCACUGUCAUCCGCUGGGCUGAUGGGGGCAAAGAGGUCUUCAUCUCCGGAUCUUUCAACAACUGGAGCACCAAGAUCCCGCUCAUCAAGAGCCACAACGACUUUGUUGCUAUCCUGGACCUCCCGGAAGGAGAGCACCAGUACAAAUUCUUUGUGGACGGCCAGUGGGUCCAUGACCCAUCGGAGCCUGUGGUCACCAGCCAGAUGGGGACGAUUAACAACCUGAUUCACGUCAAGAAGUCUGACUUUGAGGUGUUCGAUGCUUUGAAGGUGGAUUCCCUGGAGAGCUCAGAAACCUCAGGUCGGGACUUAUCAAGUUCACCACCCGGACCGUACGGCCAAGAGAUGUACGUAUACCGGCCCGAGGAGCGCUUCAAAUCCCCACCCAUCCUCCCGCCUCACCUCCUCCAGGUCAUCCUCAACAAGGACACCAACAUCUCGUGUGACCCAGCACUGCUGCCCGAACCCAACCACGUCAUGCUCAACCACCUCUACGCGCUCUCCAUCAAGGACGGCGUGAUGGUGCUCAGUGCCACGCACCGCUACAAGAAGAAGUACGUCACCACGCUGCUCUACAAGCCCAUCUGAGCUGGGGCCUCACCCGCCCCCCACGCAGGACACGAAAUGCCACUUUGUCUGCACACGCUGGGCCACGGGACUUGUGUGGGGACUGGCCACUGGCUCCAGCCUCAAACCCGGCAGGGACACAGGCCCCGGUGAUGAGCCCGAGCCUGCUGGGGCCUGUGACACUGUCCCAUCCUACUGGUGUGGUUUGAUUUAACCCUUGGUUUCCACCCACCUCCAGCUCCCCUUGGCUUCUGUGAGUCUGGGGCUGCUUUGCUGCUCACCAGAACAGCCUUCCCUCGCUCCCGACACGGAAAGGGCUUCACCUUACUUAUCUCCUCCAGCCUGCGAGGGCCCCGAGGCCAUCCUGGCACCGUCGUCAGCCCAGGCCAGCAGCAGCGUGUCCUCCUGCUGCCCUGGCGAUGACUCCAAGGCCACGCUGGUCCCUGGGGGCUCCGGGAGGCCCGUCCUGCCAUCCGUCCCUGUCCCCCAGCCCUGAGUGUGGGGCUGCCCCCUCCUCGUGCUCCCCAGCUUCGAGCUCGCAGCUCCGGCCACAGCCCUCCGCCGGGUUCAGUGCUGAGCCAGCAGGAGGGAGGGAACAGGCAGACGCAGCCACGCUUACCUGCUGCCAGGACAGCGCCGCGAAGGACUGAACACCUGAACACCCGCCCCGGCCCCGCCGGCACAGCGAGCGGGACACCUGCGCACACCCACGCUCAAGGGGGGCCUGGGGAGAGCGGAGCACGGCAGGUGCCCCAGGCCCCCAGCUGCACCGUCUGCUGCCGAAGCAGUGCCACGUGACAGGGUUUUCUCUAUUUAUUACAGUAUUUAUUGUUCUCAGUGC